UCUUCACCAAAGGGUGAGGCUGUGUUUGACAUUUCUAACGCUGGCCGCCUAAUCAGCGCAGGUAAGCACCGGCGUACGGCGUUUGUUUAUGCCAAAAUAAAUCUAGUCCAAACAGGAGGGGGGUGGAAGAGAAGAGAAGGUCGAGGCCAUGGUCUAGGCGUCUAGCUAGCUGCCUCUCUCCCUAUAUAUACAAGGCCAUGGCAAGGCUCGUAAAGGGCUAGAGAAGAAAGGAUUGGAAGGCUACGGAAGCUAGCUGGUGAGAGAGGAGGAGGAGAGGGACCUUUGCCUUGCUCUAAGGAGAGAUAGCUUGUCUUCUGUGAAGGAGAUCGAGAUGAUCAAGGGAGACCAGCGGCAGCUUGGAGCUCAAGAGCGGUUGAAAGAUCAGAUGAGAGAUGAUCAUCGGGCCUCAGAUGGCAAUUUUUUCAAGUUCUUGCAAAACCAGUCAAGCACAGAAAAAGAGGCUCAAGAAGACAAGAUUGCGUCCACAAGGGCAGAGAUGGGCGAAGUGAGAAAAGAGAACGAGAGGCUGAAGAUGAUGCUAUCACGGAUGGUGGAGGACCAUCGCUCCCUUCAGAAGCAAUUCGACGUUCUCCACCAGCAAGGGCGAGGCAAGAACCUCGCCGUUGGCUCACCGGAUCAUACAUCACCGGUCGACGGCCCCGGGUUCGUCUCUUUGCGCCUUGGAACGAGCGCCGUCAUGAGCAGGCAGAACAUGGGAGAAGAGAUCAAGGACAGCACUAAUAAUCCAGAUGGCAAGGGCAUCUUUCUUGGACUUUCAUCAGCCUGCGGAGCUGUUGGUGCAAGAACUGAUGGAAGUGAGACGAAGGUGCGGCCAGAUGUGGUGACAUUGAGCCCUCGAGGCAGCUCCGAGGGGGAGGCCGCGGAGACGACAACGUCAGCCGCAGCAAGCAAGAUGGCGAAGAACCCGAGAAUCACCGUCAGCGGCGCGGAAACGGAGGAGGAGGUGGCCCGGCAGCCACUGGCCAAGAAGGCCAGGGUGUCGGUGAGGGCAAGGUGUGACACACCAACGAUGAACGAUGGGUGCCAGUGGAGGAAGUACGGGCAGAAGAUAUCCAAGGGGAACCCGUGUCCACGCGCCUACUACCGCUGCACCGUCGCAACAGGGUGUCCCGUCAGAAAACAGGUAUGUAUAUUCACUGCAAUACAUCCAAAAGAACCCCAAAACAUGGUACCAAAGAAUCUGCGGCGAAGUGUGUUUCGCAAACCAAACAUGAUGAAGAACCUGUGUUUUGAAUUUCGGCCGAAUUUCGGCCAUCUCGGCCUGGGGCGAAAUAUACUUUCCAGCGAAAAAAUAGAUUUUGGUCAAAUUUCUGCCAAAUUUUAGUCAAAUUUUGGCCGAAAUUCGGCCAUCUCAGCCUGGGGCGAAAAAUUUCACAAACCCAAAAUCAAACCUUGCGAAGAACUAUACAUGUGUUGCUUCCAAACAUUGCAGUGCAACUUAAUUAGCACUCCCUCUAUUUGUAAUUAACCCUAAACCAAAAAUGCUUCUAUGUUCCGCAAACCAAACUUGACCAAGACCUAUACAUGUGUUGCUUUAAUGUCAGGAAGUUGGCGCCGGCUAACAGAUGUAUUAUAUACAGCUCAUAAAAAAAAUUCAAUGCUGAACUGUUGAAGCUCGACACUUACAGAUCAAAAAUGUAUACAACCCCAAAUACCCUUUUGUAAAAUUCAGGGAGAUCCUUUUUUUUAUACAUUGGUUUCCAGCGAGAUCUAAUUAUGUCGUAUUGGCAGAGCCAUAGUACGUAUUCUUAUGUUUGCCCAAAAUUAGCAAGAUGUGUUCUCUUUUCUCGUAUAUUUCUCAAGUGGAUGCCUAAUACAAUUCAUAUUUAAGGUUCAAAACUAGCCAGUAUCAAGUUCCCCUUCAAAAAAGUACUAGUACCAAGUGGCACAAUCAACUAAAUUAAGCCGCCAUGUGCAUAUGGUCCCAAAUCCGGCGUCCAGACUCCAUUAAUCAAGCGUUGGAGCGCCACCGGGGAGGGAGGGAGGGAGCUAGCGGGCCUAAACAGAAGAGCACGUAGCCGGAGAUCGGAGCCUGACCUGAUCACGGGGGAGGGCCGGAGCCGCCGGGGCGGUGAUCGGGUUCCCUCCCCUCGCUUGCCCGGGCGUGGCUUCUCCGGCAACGGCAAGGGCGCUAUUGGGUUUUAGGGCGUGCUGGGAAUGGUAGUAAGUAAAUACGGGGGUGUAUAGUUUACACUUGUAUCUUACAGGCCGCGUAGCAAAAUUGGGCUGGAAACCAAACGACGAGCCGAGACCUAUAUUUAUUUUACACGUGUAUUGGAGGAAACACGACAAUCCAAUCAAGGCCUUAGGCUGAUCGCGUCGAAACAAAUUGGUCCAGGUCCCACAUGCCAGUGGCCGAUGGGGGUUUAGUAUGCUAGAGCCUGGAAAAGACUCUGAUGGGCUUUGGGUUGGGCCAGCGUUGCCACAUGUGUGUGUGUGCUGCAUGCCAUUUCAAGCAAGUCCAACCUUUUUCCCCUAAAAAAAGCAAGUCCAACCUUUCCCUCAAAAAAAAGCAAGUGCAACCUCCCCUCAUGGAAAAAAACAAUGUCCAAAAUAUAUCCAUGGUAAAAGUUCCCAAUAACUUUGAAAAACACUGAGUUCAUAGACAUAGCAUCUCUCUCUCUCUCUCUCUCUCUCUCUCUCUCUUUGUGGGUAAGACAUAGCAUAUCUCUAACAUGGCACAAGAUUUCCAAUAUAAGUUCAGCUUGGGAAAUAGAUAUGGCAGAUUCAAAUGCGGUAGCAUUAAUAUGCACAGUUCACAUAUGUAUGUGAAUUUCUUCUUCAUAGCAUGAUUUCUUUUUUGUUUCUCAGGUUGCCAGUUCAAUAUAUAAUUGAAAAUUCAUGACAUGAUAGACCUAAAUUGUGUCUACGUGGCCGGAGGUCGCUCCCC